UUAUACUCUGACGACGACACGGCACGCCUUUGAUCGUACAUGAUUUCAUCUCUCAAAGGUCUUCAGACAGAGAAAAAGAAGAGAAGCACGUUAUCCUCAAGUCCCGCGCAUCGAUACGGGCAAUGAGAUGAACGCGCGUUCGUUCUUUCAUCCGUCUACUUCAUACUGACUGAUCGAUUUUUUACCAUCGAACAAGCCCUGCGGGUGGUGAUCUAGAUAUUCGACAUAUCCUCCCCUCCCGUGUGCCAAAAGGAAAAGAAGAACCAAAAGGAUGCAACUGGUCAAUUACGCCGCCUGGAUCCCUGCCGAAAAGGCUGCUCUAGAAGUCGCCACUGCUCCUUUCCCCGACAUCGACGCCAAAGAAAUCAUUCUCAGAAACCGAGCUGUAGCCGUAAACCCCGUGGAUUGGAAAAUCCAGACCUCUGGCGGGUUCGGGCUCAAGUACCCGCACAUCCUCGGCGACGAUGUGGCGGGGGAGGUGAUGGAGGUCGGAAAGGACGUCAAGAACCUCAAGAAGGGUGACCGUGUUAUCGCCCACGCUCUCGGUCUGGCCAAGGGACAUGCCUACGGCGGGUUCCAACUGUACCCUCGACUGACGACGACGGUGGUGGCCAAGAUCCCUCAAAAUCUAGAGUUCAAUCAUGCAGUGGUCCUGCCGUUGAGCAUAUCGACCGCCGCCGCAGGCCUGUACUUGAAAAGGUCCGGUCUCGGACUGAAGUAUCCGGUUCUGAGCAAGAAAACUCACACUGCUGCAACUACUCACACUCAUGAGGUGGUGUCCAUGUCAUCUUCGUCUUCGUCGUCGGUUUCACCAGACCAAGAAGUUCAACCCAUCAUGAGUAGCAACAAAAAACAACCGGUCCUUCUACUAUGGGGUGGAUCUUCAUCUGUAGGAUCCUCGGUGAUCCAACUCGCCGUGGCAUCGGGAUAUUGCGUCGUCACCACGGCGUCCCCUUCCAACUACGAUUAUGUCAAGGCCCUGGGCGCUUCUCUAGUUUUGGACUAUCACAACCCUGACAUCGUGACCAUCUUGGUUUCACUCCUGCGAGAAAAGUCAAAGUCGCGGUCCGUCGGCGUCGUCGUGGGGGCGUAUGACGCCAUAGGGUCACCCACGACGGUCGGGCAGUGUGCUUCGGUCCUGGCAGACUUGAACGGUGGAAGGAUAGUCAGCGUCGGUGCGGCCCCAGAUGACCUCCCCUCUAAUGUCGAAGUGACAAGGAUCUCAAGUGGUAGUAUCACAACCGAGGAAGAUGGGAUCGUGGCCCAAAAAGUCUGGCAGGAAUACGUCCCCGUAGCUUUGGAGCGAGGCACCCUCAAGCCGGCACCGGAUGAAUCGGUGGUCGGAAAUGGUUUGCACUAUGUUCAAGAGGGGCUGGACAGACAGAAACAAGGUGUUAGCGCGAAAAAGGUAGUCAUCACACUCUAGGAAGAGAAGAGUCAAUCUUUGUUCAAACGAGUGGUGGUACUAGUAGAAGUAUGGC